UUCUUUCAAUUCCAAGACGCUGAAGCUGCCUUAACAACUGGUAACGAAGUCAAUGACGACGGACGAGUUUCUCAACUAUCAAAUAUUAAUUUAGAAGAAUUGGUGAUAUCCAGUAAGGAAAGUUCUAAAGUAAACUCACCACGAGGUUCGAUACGUAAAGAUUGGUCAAGAACAUCAUCAACACACGUCAAAGAAGAAAGAAAAUCUAAGCCUGUGAAGAGUGUUAACUUUAUAAAACCUAUAAUUCUAGUCAAUGACAAACCACCAGAAGAUCUAGACCAAAAAUGGUCACAAAUAGUACAGAAUAUAACAAAUAACGACAAAUUGAAAGGAUUUUCAACUCGAAGAAGAUAUAAAAGGAAAUUCUGUAGAAGAAGACGGAAUGCAGCAUUUAAAAGAUCUUAUAGCAUCGGUUAAAAUUAUUUUGUGAAAGGAAAAAUUGUUAAAUAAUAUAUUGAAUGACUGUAGAUCAAUUAGUAAAGGAUGAAACUGCUUUUGUAUGCGUUUCACAAACUGCUUCUUAAUAUUGUAAAUACAUUUAAAUAAAGACUUAGAAGUCAUAGAGUUACGAAUAGUAAAAAUAGAACCGACUUCACCCUUUUGAAAUAAUCAAAACAUACCACAUAUAUAAAGACACAUUAGCAUAGGUGAAUUAAACAGUUUAUAAAAUAGCUAUAUUUUGAAACACAUCUAGAUU